AUGUCUAUACAAAUAAAAAGAUAUGUGUGUCUAACGGAGGGAAAAAAGCAUGUUCCAAUUAUCCCCUUAGAAAAAAAUAAACAAAAUAGCAAUUGCAAUAUGCAAGCUCAAACUAAACAUGUAAAUUAUUUUCUAGAAAUAAAGAAAAAUAAUAAAAAAUUAGAACAACCUUGGUUACAUAAAAAGGAGAAAAAAAAGAAGGAAACUAUUUCACCUCUUAAUAAAAAUGCAUGCACCCUAAUUUGUAAAAUAAAUAAAGAUGAAUUCCAAGUUAAUGGAAAUAAAAAGGUAAAAGGAGCAAAUCCUCUGCAUGCAUAUAAUAACACUCUUCACAUGAUGAUUAAAAAGCAGGAAAGAAGUAGUACUUGCAAAUUCACCCAUAUACAUGAGGUGGACAAUAAUAAAAUGUCUUUUAGGCAAGUUCUAAAAUGUAAGGAAAUAAGUGAUAAUCAAAGGGGUGUAGACUCUAAAGCAAACAUUAGAAAAAUCAAAUGUUUGAAGUCUGUGCCAAUUUGGAAAACAAAUGAGACAAUAAAAAAAGACCACUUCAAUGAAGAACCUAAAAGUGGAAUUAACACCAAACAAAAACACUCCUCUAACAUGGAACGUAAGAUUGUUCAGACACACAUACACAAAACGGCAACUAAUGGAGGAGGAGAAGAGAAAUGUCAACAUGGAAAUAAAUAUUUACGCCAAGAGAUUAGGGGAAUUUUUUCACAUAGGCCCAGUGCAGUUUUUAAAAAUAAAAUGAAAGAAAAUUCAGCAAAAGGGAACCAAAAUUUUCACUUUAAAGAAGAAAUGAAAGAAAAAAACGAAUUAUAUAACAAAUGUCAUAAUGGAAAUGGGGUGAAAGGUAUAUUAUUUCGCAGUGAUGGUAGACAAAAAAAUAAAGAUAGUAGUAAACGCAUUGAGUGCAAAAAUGAAGAAAUAAAUACCACAACAUGUAGAUACGUAAAAAAGAGUGAAGAAUAUCAAAAGUUAUUUAACCUCAAAUUGAACAAUGGAAAUACGUAUACACAUAAAAAAAUAAGUCAUGAAUGUAGAUUAAAAAAAGGUGCAGAAAAAAAUAGGUUCAUAAGAAAAAUAGAAAAUGUGACUUGUAUUGAGAGUGAAUUGGGAGAUGUAAAAAUAAAUAGAGAAAGGUUUGAAUCUAUUAAUGGAUUAAGAAAAUGCAAAGUAAAUACAAUCCUCUUGAGUAAAAGUUGGAUGAAAAAACGGAUUAUUGAAAAAUUGGCGUCGUUUAACUGGGGUGGGAAAAAAAGGGGUACAUUGCAUUCAGAUGUAACAGGGAGGUUUUCCCCAAAUGAUGAAAACUGUAAUGAGAUGCUACCAAAUAAAAAACAGAUUUACGAAAAACAACUUUAUGAGGACACGGAAACAGGCCAAAGUGCGAUGAAAAUGGAUACUGGCGAAAGGGGGGUAGAAAUGGGCCCCUUGAAGAGGUAUAAAAUUAUAGCACUAAAACAAAAGAACAAAGGAUUGAGGAACAAUUACAUAAUAAUAAAAAAAAUUGGAAAAGGGACGUUUGGAAAGGUGUGUCUAGGAAUUCAUAUACAUACACAGGAAAUGGUAGCAAUAAAAAUUUUAAACAAGAAAAGAUUAAAACGUUUAAUCAGUUAUGAUAAAAUAAUGAAAGAGAUAGAAAUACAUCAACAAAUGAAUCAUAAUCACAUAUGUCAAUUUUAUGAAGUAUAUGAAAAUAGGAAAAAUAUAUAUAUGAUAUUAGAAUACGUAUCAAAUGGUGAUUUAUUAACUUAUAUUUAUAAAAAUAAAAAAAGAAUAAAUGAAGACACUACGAGGAGAAUUUUCUAUCAGUUAAUAAGUGCAGUAGAUUAUUUACACAAACUUAAUGUAGUGCAUCGAGACUUGAAACCAGAAAAUAUACUAUUAGACGAUAAUGAAAAUAUAAAAUUAAUCGAUUUUGGUCUUUCCACUGUUUAUAAAAAGAAUAAUUUAUUAACAACAUCAUGUGGAUCCCCAUUUUAUACAUCCCCAGAAAUAUUACUAGGAAAUAAAUAUCACGGUGAAUUAACGGAUGUAUGGUCUUUAGGUGUUAUACUUUUUUUAUUGCUUAAUCGAAAAUUACCAUUUAAUCAUAGUAAAUUGAAUAUAUUAUUUCAAAAAAUUAUAAAAGGCUUACUACAUUUCGAACCUUAUAUUUCGGAGAGUGCUAAAAAUUUAAUUCGAAAUAUGCUCAAUGUGAAUUAUCAAAAAAGGUAUUCCCUGAGGGAUAUAAAAAGACAUCCAUGGUUUUUCACUUGUAAUAUGAAAAAAGGAAAUCUGACAAAUUUGUAUCAUGACAGUUGUAAUUUAAUUUGCUGUAAUCUAUGCUUGCACAAAAUAAGCAUUCAAAAUAAUCCCCAUUUAAUGCGCUUAAUUUUAAAUAAAAUUUGCAAAAUUUACACCAUCGAUGUUAAAAAAGUUUUCAGUGACAUAAGGAAAAAAGAAAAAAAUUUUGUUCAAACUGCUUUUUAUCUUUUAUUAAAUAAAACUAUUCGAAUGCUAUCCAGACAUAAUUAUUUCUAUUCUCACAUUUUGCUAAUUAGUCAACAGUAUCCUCAUCAAACACACGAGAAAAGUGAACUGCUACGCAACAGCUCUGGCUUCUCCAUGUAUUCCACCUCACCUGCCUUGACCCCCUCUACAUAUAACAGUAAAAAUGAUAAUAAUAAUAAUAAUAAUAAUAAUAAUAAUAGUAGUAACGUUUCUAAAUAUCCUACCAUAUUUAGAAACAUUUCUUCGUUCAACUUUUUGGAAAUAUUACAAAAAUGA